AUGAGAAGUAUGAUAUUUUUAAGGAGGAAGAUAUACUACUAUUAUUUUAUGCUCAUAUGGAAUACAAUAGAGGCGCAGAUUCGCUACACCGUUCCGGAGGAAUUAAAUGCAGGAUCUGUGGUUGGAAAUCUUGCUAAAGACUUUGGUUUGAAUUUAUCUGAGGUUACAAAACGUAAACUGCAUAUAUCCUCUGAAUCGGGUAAGCAGUUUUUCAGUGUGGCUUUGGAUAGCGGUGAGCUUAUUGUCAGUAAAAGAAUCGAUAGAGAAAGCCUUUGUGGGCACAGCGUUCCAUGUUUAUUACCUCUUGAAGCGAUUGUAGAAAAUCCGUUGCAGUUACAUCGCGUUGAGAUUGAAAUACAAGACAUUAAUGACAACACGCCCAGUUUUAAUUCAAAUGAACAGAUUUUAAACAUCCCUGAGUCUGUAAACCCUGGCGCAAAAUUUCUUCUUGAGAGUGCCGAUGAUCCAGACGUGGGGUCAAAUUCUUUGCAGUCUUAUAGUCUAAGUACUAAUACAUAUUUUGUGCUAAAUGUCAAAACACGAGAUGGUAUGAAAAUUCCAGAAUUAGUACUGGAUAAACCUCUCGAUCGAGAAAAACAAGCUGUUCAUAAAUUGAUACUGACAGCAGUAGAUGGCGGUAAGCCAGUGAAAUCGGGGACUUGUGAAAUAAAUAUUAUAGUUUUGGAUAAUAACGACAACGCACCCCAGUUUGAAAAGUCUUUUUAUGAGGCAACCGUCAAUGAAAAUGAAAUCAUUGGCAACGACAUAGUACGUGUUAGUGCUACAGAUUUUGACAAAGGGUUGAAUGGAGAAAUCGAGUAUCUUUUUGCAGACAAAACAUCUGACACACUCAAGGCAAUGUUUGAUAUUGAUACAAAGACCGGCAUGAUUAGUGUAAAAGGACCUCUGGAUUAUGAACAAGCACAUUUCUACAAUUUCGACGUUCUGGCAAAAGACAAAGGAAAUCCGCAAAUGAAAGGCCACUGUAGCGUAAAAAUAUUAAUUAUUGACAUUAAUGAUAAUGCCCCAGAUAUAGUCAUCACAUCUCUCUCCAGUCCAGUAUCCGAAAAUGCAUCGAACAAUACUGUAAUUGCGCUCAUUAGCACAAAAGAUGCGGAUUCUGGACAGAACGGAAAAGUAAAUCUUAGUCUUGCAUCUGGUUCACCGUUCAGAUUGAAUCCCUCCCUUGCUAACCGUUACGCUUUGGUUACAAAUUGUCCACUGGACCGAGAGAAAUACCCAGAGUAUGAGAUCAAAUUAAACGCAGUUGAUUUCGGUGCACCACCUCUGUCGGCACAAAACGUGGUCAAGAUUAGUGUCUCGGAUGUUAAUGACAAUCCCCCAGUUUUUUCUCAAAAGUCAUAUACCGUUUACAUCAAAGAAAACAUUGCUCAAGGGUCACUACUGGCGUCUGUGUCUGCACAUGACCCAGACCUGUACCAAAAUGCCAAAAUGUCUUACUUCAUUCUAGACUCUAAAGUUCAGGACGUAUCCAUCUCGUCUUUUAUCUACAUAAACUCGGAUAACGGAAGCAUAUACAACAUACAAUCGUUUGAUUAUGAGAAAAAUAAGGUAUUUCAGAUCCAAGUUCAGGCAAAAGAUCACGGCUCUCCGCCUUUAAGCAGUAACGCCACAGUUCAUGUGUUCAUCAUGGACCAGAACGACAACGUUCCCUCUGUUAUUUAUCCCUCCGCACUUGUGGGCUCUGUCUCUCAUCAGAGGAUGCCCCGCUCCGCUAAAGCAGGACACCUCGUUACUAAAGUCACAGCAGUGGACGCUGACUCGGGCCAUAACGCCUGGAUUUCUUAUUGGUUAGCCGAAGCCACGGACGCGUCUCUGUUCACUGUUAAUUUACAUACAGGAGAGGUGAGGACCAAGCGUUCUGUUUCAGAUCAGGAUGAAUCCUCUCAGAGACUCAUCAUAGGUAUAAAGGACAACGGAGAACCGGUGCAGUCCACCACAGUCACUGUGGAUAUACUGAUAGAGGACGCCUUUCAUGAGCCCAUCUCAGACUAUCGAAAGAAAAAUACAGAACCCGAUAAGAAAAGUGGGAAAAUCACCUUAUAUCUCAUCAUAUCUGUUGCUUCUGUAUCUUUGCUGUGUUUGGCGACAUUUUUCGUUUUGUUGGUGAAAUGCGGUCGAAGCAGUAGAAGCAGCUCGAGCUGCUGUAUCAGACGGACCGAUUCUGGAUAUAAAAACCCCAACAACCUGCAGAUCCAGCUCAAUACUGACGGGCCCAUCAAGUAUGUGGAGGUUCUGGGAGGAGACGUGAUGUCUCAGAGUCAGUCCUUCGGUUCCUAUCUGUCUCCGAUGUCAGAAUUCAGUGAUUUUACACUCGUUAAACCCAGCAGCACCACAGACUUUACAAACACGUUAAGCGUUCUCGACGCGUCGUUACCUGACAGCACAUGGAGGUUUGAGAGCCAACAGUCUUAGCUGUGUCUUUAAGAAAUGACUAAGCUUAACAUUCAUCUAUUGGUGCACUGUCCUCCAAUAGAGAGU